GAUCAGGUGACUGAUGAACUGAUAAAUUCAUCUAUAGUCUCAUCUGUAAUCGUCAAACUGCCAGUUACACCAGCGACAGAGACGGGCGGCUGGUCACGCAUUCUAACUCCGACUGUAUGACGAUGACCGUGACGAUGUUCUGGGGAACGCUUGGAUCUGUCCGGCCGUUUUCAGCCUUCCGUCCUGAGAGAGACGUUGCUAAUUUAAAAGCUGCUCUGGAGAAAAAAGACGUGAGCACAUUGGUGAGGAUCCUGACCAACCGCAGCAAUGAACAGAGGCAGAGCCUGGCACAAACCUACCAGAGUCUCACCAAACAGGACCUCAGAGCCAGUCUAAAGAAGGUGCUGUCCGGAGAUCUGAAGUUGCUGAUACUUGGUCUGAUGAUGACUCCGGAUCAGUUUGAGGCGCAUCGUCUUCAGCAGGCCAUGGAGCGUCUCGGCACUGAUGAAGAGACUCUUCUGGAGAUCUUAUGUACGAGGACACCAGCACAGCUUUCUAACAUCAGAUCUGCCUACAGUAAAGGAUAUCAGCGAGAUCUGGAGAAAGACUUGGUCAGUGAAAGCAGUGGAGAUUUCACCAAGCUGCUUGUAGCUCUGCUGAAGAAAGAGUACGUGGCUGGUGUUCUGGACCGGGAUGUUGCAAUUUUAUGUGAAGAGCUUAACAACAAGAAGGCCAGUGCAGAUCCAUGGAUCCAGAUCCUGACAACAAGGGAACCAAGCCAUCUAAGAAACGUGCUGAUUUAUGUGGAGGCUGAAAGAGGACUGCCUGUAACCGCAGCUAUAGAGAAACGCUUCGGUGGACUCCUCAGUGGAGAUCUGAAAUUGGGCUUACAGACACUAGUGCGCUGUAUCGAGAACCCAAAUCUCUACCUUGCACAGAGGAUUCAGACUGCAAAAGACUCGGUGCUGCAGGGACUGAUGAUAGCUCACAGCGAGGAGGAUCUGCUGGCCAUUCGAGUUGCAUACAAGAAGGAAAAAGGGAGCUCCCUUUACACCACUUUACAGGAGCAGUUUAAGGGAGACCUCCAGCAGGCUUUGCUAGCUGUGUGUCAUUCUGAAGACUAAUGAGGCAGCAAGAAAAACAAUUAUAAUUAUAAUAUUAUAGUAAACAUCUCUGUUCACAUAAA